AAAAUUAAUAAAAAUAUAAAUAAUAAAAAAAUUUUUAAAAUAAUUUAUUUUAAUGGGGGUUAAAGUAUAUUUAUGGAAAAAAUUAUUUAAUUUAUAGUAAAUUAGUAUUGUGAAAGAAUUUUGAAAUAAAUGAAAAAUGAAAUUAGUUAAAAGUAAAUUUAAUUUAUUGUAUCUUGUGUAUCAGAGUUUAUUAAUUAAAAAUUAUAGUUUUAAUAUUCUCGAAUUUAAAAGAGAUAAUUAAUUAUAAAAGUUAUUGUAGCAUAAAUAUUUUAAAUAAUUAAUUGGAAAUGAAAUGUUAUUCGUUUUUAAAUAUAUCUAGUUUUUUUAGAAAAAAAUUUAAUUUUAUAUUAUUUAAAUAAAAAAUUAAUUAAUUAAUUUUUUAUUUAAAUAAUAUUAUAUUUUAAGGGAUAAGCUUUAAUUUAAAUUUAUAUAAAUUUUAUUUUAAUUUAAUUAAGAUUUUUAUAAUUUAUAUUGUUAAUAAAUUUUAAUUUAUUAUAAAUAAUUUUAUUUAAAAUAAAAUUUAAUUUAAAUUUUAUAUUAUUUAUAAAAAAAAAAUUAAAAUUUUAUAAAAUUUGAUAUAAUGAUAAAAUUAGUAUAUAAUAAGAUAUUAAAAUUAUAAAAUUAUUUUAGUUAAUAAAAAGGAAUUCGGCAAAUAUAUAUAUUCACUUGUUUAUCAAAAACAUGUCUUUUUGAAUUUAAUAUAAAGUCUAAUCUGCCCACUGAUAUUAUAAUAUAUUAAAGGGCUGCAGUAUAUUGACUGUACAAAGGUAGCAUAAUCAUUAGUCAUUUAAUUGAUGACUUGUAUGAAAGAUUGGAUGAAAUAUAAGCUGUCUCUUUAUUAUUUUAUAGAAUUUAAUUUUUUAAUUAAAAAGUUAAAAUAAAUUAAAAAGACGAGAAGACCCUAUAGAGUUUUAUAUUUAAAGUAAUUGAGAUUAUUUAUAAAGUUUUUAAUUAAAAUUAUUUUAAUUAUUUUGUUGGGGUGACAAAAAAAUAUAAAAAACUUUUUUUAUUAUUUAACAUAAAUAAGUGAGUAUAUGAUCCAAUAUUAUUGAUUAUAAGAAAAAAUUACCUUAGGGAUAACAGCGUAAUUUUUUUUUUUAGUUCGAAUAAAAAAAAGAGUUUGCGACCUCGAUGUUGGAUUAAGAUAAAAUUUAAAUGUAGAAGUUUAAAAUUUUGAUCUGUUCGAUCAUUAAAAUCUUACAUGAUCUGAGUUCAAACCGGUGUAAGCCAGGUUGGUUUCUAUCUUUUAAUAAAUAUAAAAUAUUUUAGUACGAAAGGAUCAAAUAUUUAAAUUAAAUUUAUUAAAUAAUGAAUAUUAUUAAUUUAUUUUAAAUAUAUAAUUGAUUUUAUAUAUAAUAUAUAUAUAUAUAUAUAUAAUAUAUAUAUAUAUAUAUAUAUAUAUAUAUAUAUCUGCUAUUUUGGCAGAAAAAUGUAAUGAUUUUAGAAUUCAUUAAUAUAUAAUUUAAUUAUAUAGAUAGUAAUGUUUAUAAAUGAUAUUUAUAUAAUUUUUUUAGGUUUAUUAAUUUUAAUUAUUGGUAUUUUAGUAGGGGUUGCUUAUUUAACUUUAUUGGAGCGUAAGGUUUUAGGUUAUAUUCAAAUUCGUAAAGGUCCUAAUAAAGUUGGUUUUAUAGGAAUUUUACAACCUUUUUCAGAUGCAAUUAAAUUAUUUACUAAAGAACAAACUUAUCCUAAUUUUUCUAAUUAUUUAAGAUAUUAUUUUUCUCCUAUUUUAAGUUUUAUUUUAUCUUUAAUAAUUUGAUUAUUGAUUCCUUAUUAUUUUAAUAUAAUUAGUUUUAAUUUAGGAAUUUUAUUUUUUUUAUGUUGUACUAGAUUAGGUGUUUAUACAGUUAUGGUAGCUGGUUGAUCUUCUAAUUCUAAUUAUGCUUUAUUAGGGGGAUUACGGGCAGUAGCUCAAACUAUUUCUUAUGAAGUUAGAUUAGCUUUGAUUUUAAUAUCUAGAAUUGUUAUAAUUAUAGAUUUUAAUUUAAUAAUAUUUUUUGUUUAUCAAAAUUAUGUUUGAUUUAUUAUUUUAAUAUUUCCUUUAAGAUUAUGUUGAAUAAGAUCAAGAUUGGCUGAAACUAAUCGAACUCCUUUUGAUUUUGCUGAAGGAGAAAGAGAAUUAGUUUCAGGGUUUAAUAUUGAGUAUAGAAGAGGGGGCUUUGCUUUAAUUUUUUUAGCUGAAUAUUCUAGAAUUUUAUUUAUAAGAUUAUUAUUUAUUUUAAUAUAUAUAGGAGGUUUUAGAUUAAGAAUUAUUUUUUAUUUAAAAUUAGUUUUUAUUUCUUUUUUAUUUAUUUGAGUUCGAGGAACUUUACCUCGUUAUCGUUAUGAUAAGUUAAUAUAUUUAGCUUGAAAAAGAUAUUUACCAAUUUCUUUAAAUUUUUUAUUAUUUUUUUUAGGAUUUAAAAUUUUAUUAUUAUAAUUUAA